AUGGCAAUAACAGCAGGAAAGUGUUGUAAACAUAUUAGGAAAUAUUUUACGAAUGGAUUAAAAAAAAACAGUCUUCCAUAUUUUAUGUAUUGUAAAAACAAGCCGUUUUUAAUGAACUCUAAAUUUGUUCAGAAAUAUAAAUUAGAUAGUGUACCUAAGAAUGUUAUAAAUAGGUAUGUACAAGAUAAGAGAAGGUUGAAGAACGACGACAUUGAUUGA